AUGAUAAGUUCUCUCUCUUUUAUAAAUCAGAAAGGGGAGAUCCUGAUCUAUAGAGUUUAUAAGGAUGAUAUCAGCAGAAGUGAAAUCACUUAAUUUUGUGCCAAAAUGAUAGCUACAAAAGAAAAUAAAGAAUCUCCGAUAAUCAACAUUGAUUGUAUUUAUGUUCUUCAAUAUGAAUAGAAACAUCUUUUAUUCACAUUUCAAUAAAAGAUAUCAUAAUUUUAGCCACUACUAAGACUGAUGUAAAUGUAGCUAUGGUUCUUGAAUUUUUAUAUCAAUUGGUAUUCAUUGUUGUAUGAGUGUAAGUCCAAAAUUUGUAAAUCGUACUUCUAAGGCAUUCUAGAUGAAAACUGCAUAAAAAAGAAUUUUGUCCUAAUAUAUGAGAUUCUCGACGAAGUACUUGAUUAUGGGAUACCACAAAUAGCAGAUCCAAAUAUAUUAUAAAAGGUUAGUAUCCAUCUUAUGGUGUAGUUUAUUUAAGAAGGAGGGAUCCAAUAAGAGACAUCCAUGAACAUAGAGAGAUUGAGAUAAUUAACAGUCACGAUUACUGGUGCUGUAUCAUGGAGACCAACUGGACUGCAUUAUGAAAAGAAUGAAUUGUAUCUUGAUAUAAUAGAAUCUGUGAAUCUAUUGAUUUCAGCUAAAGAUACUGUUUUAAGGGCAGAAGUAGUGGGAUCAAUUGAACUUAAAAGUAAGCUUACAGGCAUGCCUGAAUGUUAAAUUGGAAUGAACGAUAAAUUAUUAAUGGGAAAGCAAGCGAGAACGACUAAAUAAAAUGGCGGAAUUGCAAUUGAUGAUAUGAAAUUUCAUCCAUGUGUGGGAUUACCAAAAUUUGAGAAGGAUAGGACAAUUACAUUUAUUCCACCUGAUGGUCAUUUCUAGUUGAUGUCUUAUAGAAUCUCGGAGAACAUUAAUAUUCCAUUUAAAGUCAAUGUGAUCUAUAGUGAUAUUAGCGAGAAUAAGUUGGAAAUACGACUGAAGGUAAAACUAAUUAUGAAGAUAGAUUAAAUCAAUAUAUGAUAAAAAUGUCUAUGGUACAAAUAUUGCAGUAAAAGUGCCAGUGCCUAAAAACACUGUGAAUGUGAUAUCUGCAACAGCAUUAGGAAAGGCAAAGCAUGAAAUAGAGGAGUAAAGUGUAAUUUGGAGAAUCAAGAAAUUGUAAGGAGAUGUUGAAACAUCGUUAAGGUAUAACAUAUUUACGAUGACUUAUUAGGUGUGAUAUUAGUUUGGGUGCUACAAAUAAAGAGUAGACAUGGAGUAAACCACCUUUGAAAAUGGAAUUCUAGAUUCCUAUGUUCACAUCUAGUGGAUUGAGAGUGAGAUUCCUGAAGGUAAUGGAAAAAGGGGCAUAUAAAACAAAUAAAUGGAUUAGAUAUUUGACAAGGGGAGGAGAAUAUUUGCAUAGAUUAUGAAGA